AUGAAAGGAUUCGGUAGCCGGAAUACUGCUUUCAUGAAAUUCCCGGAAGGUCCUGGAACUAUGUUUAUCGCAUGUUUCUCAUCAUUUUUUCUUUCGAAAGUUUAUCCAGAUUUCUACUGUUCACGUGAACAUGCGACGAAUGUUGGAACAAUGUUUCGUGGAAAAGAAAAUGCUCUCAAUCCCAACUGGUUACACUUACCAGUUGGAUACCAUGGACGAGCAUCAUCUGUUGUCAUUUCUGGAACAGAUAUUCGUCGACCAAACGGUCAAACAUGCCCUGACGAAACAAAACCACCCGUAUUUAGCAAUUGCAAACUGCUUGAUAUCGAACUUGAAAUGGCAUUCUUCAUUGGCAGUCAGGGAAACAAACAAGGCGAACCGAUUCCUAUGGAUCAAGCUGAUGACUAUAUCUUUGGUCUUGUGAUUAUGAAUGAUUGGUCGGCACGUGAUAUACAAAAAUGGGAGUACGUUCCAUUAGGUCCAUUCAAUGCCAAAAAUUUUGGAACAACCAUUUCGCCAUGGAUCGUGACAAUGGAUGCAUUGAAAGAUGCUUUAAGUAAUGGACCAACACAGGAUCCAAAACCAUUGCCUUAUUUAACUCAACAAGAGCCAAGUGCAUUAAAUAUUGAUUUACAAGUGACAUUGAAACCGGCGAAAUCAUCGACAGAGCAUACAAUUUGUCAAUCUAAUUUGAAAUAUAUCUAUUGGAGUUUGAAGCAAAUGCUUGUCCAUCACUCAAGCACAGGCUGCAACCUACGUCCUGGUGAUUUGAUUGGAACGGGUACGAUCAGUGGUCCGACGCCUGAUUCAUGUGGUUCAUUACUUGAAAUCACAUGGCGUGGAACCAAACCCUUACAAUUGGAUGAGAAUACAACGCGAAAGUUUCUCGAAGAUGGUGAUACAAUCAAAAUGACUGGUUUUUACCAAGGUGAUGGCUACCGAAUUGGUUUUGGUGAAUGUGUAGGAACCAUCAUACCAGCAUUGCCUUUACCGAAAUGA